ACAGGGUACUAAAUGCUAAUAUCCAAUUUACCCAAAUUAAAACCCUCGUCCAUCUUGCUUUCUCGUUCUGCUUCUGCCCGUGCAACAUUGCAAGAGAAGGCAAAAUACGGAGAGGAGAGAUGCCGGGACCGACGUUGGGGGUGGAGCCUGUCGAGCCACAGUCCUUGAAGAAGCUCAGUUUCAAGUCACUAAAACGAGCUCUGGAUCUCUUUUCACCGAUACAUGGCCACUUCGCCCCUCCCGAUCCCGAGAGUAAGAAGAUGCGGAUUAGCUACAAGGUGUUUGCUGAAUAUGGGACAGUCAGAAACUUGCCAAGCCAACCUACUAAUCAAGUAAACCCAUCUCCAAAAGAUCAAGCUCAACAAGCUUCUGCUCCUGAUAAAUUGUCUCUUCCAGGACCUGAAGAUUCUAGAGACAUGCAAUUGGAAGGGGCUCAAAAUGCUUUGGUUGUUGGUCCAUCUCUGCAGCCAAAGAGAUCAAAUGAUGCAGGUCUUCCUGGUAAAAGCACUAUAGGGGUUCUUACUUCUGUUCCUGGGUCAUCUGAAAGGAAUACAUCAACUUCUGCUCUAAUGGAAAGGAUUCCUAGCAAAUGGCCACGCCCUGUAUGGCGUCCUCCAUGGAAGAACUAUAGGGUAAUUAGUGGUCAUUUAGGAUGGGUUAGAUCAAUUGCAUUUGAUCCUAGCAAUACAUGGUUUUGUACUGGCUCUGCAGACCGCACAAUAAAGAUAUGGGAUGUAGGGAGUGGAAGACUAAAGCUCACAUUAACAGGGCAUAUUGAACAGAUACGUGGCCUUGCUGUGAGCAAACACCACACCUAUAUGUUCUCUGCAGGAGAUGACAAACAGGUUAAAUGUUGGGAUCUUGAACAGAACAAGGUUAUACGGUCUUAUCAUGGGCAUCUAAGUGGUGUGUACUGCCUAGCUCUUCACCCCACUAUUGACAUUUUGCUUACUGGGGGACGUGAUUCUGUCUGCCGGGUCUGGGAUAUUCGUACUAAAACACAAAUUCAUGCACUUUCAGGCCAUGACAAUACAGUUUGCUCAGUUUUUACUCGUCCUACAGAUCCACAAGUUGUAACUGGUUCUCAUGACACAACUAUAAAGUUCUGGGACCUUAGAUAUGGAAAAACAAUGCUGACUCUCACGCACCAUAAGAAAUCUGUUCGAGCAAUGACACUACAUCCUAAAGAGAAUUGCUUUGCAUCUGCAUCAGCAGACAACAUAAAGAAAUUCAACCUUCCUAAAGGAGAGUUUUUGCACAAUAUGCUUUCCCAACAAAAAACAAUUAUAAAUGCAAUGGCAGUCAAUGAGGAUGGAGUAAUGGCUACAGCAGGUGACAAUGGGAGCUUGUGGUUUUGGGAUUGGAGGAGUGGCCAUAACUUCCAGCAGGCCCAAACUAUUGUGCAGCCUGGGUCAUUGGACAGUGAAGCUGGCAUCUAUGCUCUAUCAUACGAUAUAACCGGCUCAAGGCUUGUAACUUGUGAAGCUGACAAGACCAUUAAGAUGUGGAAAGAAGAUGAGAAUGCUAAUCCUGAAACUCAUCCCCUCAACUUCAAGCCACCUAAAGAUAUCCGGCGAUUCUAAUGGUCCUUUUGGCCUAACAAACCUGAUUGAUGAUCUAUUUUCCGUCUGUAACAUGGAUGCUUAUGUGCUCUCCAAAUUUUGGCAAUAUUGGUUUCAAACUUCUAAAACUGAACUAUCCUGGAGAGUAAAUGAUCCAGCACCUUCAGCUAAGUUUGAGUGACAUCUUGGCCAUAUUUAGGCGUAGUCCAGGAUGGUGCACAAAUCGGUAAACGUGCAACGGUUGGUUCCGACCUAUUUUAAUCAAUGCAUUAUAAUGGUUUUUGACGUCGUUCACUGCCUCCAUUAAGCUCAGCUUGAUUCAAUGGCCCCCAUUGCUUUACACCGGAUCUAUGGGAAUUCAUAACCAACAUCACAGUAUUGGUGGCAUGAGGCAGUCUUCGGUCUGGGCGUAGUGGACAGGUUGUUAUGAUGCUGUUCUGUUGCCUGAGGCCCUGUAGGCUGUAUGGCCUCUGAUUUCAAUGACAUCAUGCCAGCAAGAUUUGUUCGUACAUCUUUGAGGACAUGUCACUGUUAAGAGCAUCAGAUGUUAAUAGAAGCAUACCAAUCCUUUUGUUAUGGUCUUCAA